GCAGUCGUGUGCUGCUGCAGAGCAAUGCGUAGGAGUAACUCAAUCUCUCCCACAAACAUUCACACUAGCUGCACCUAUCGCAACAAGGACUUGCGUCAAUUUACGGAUGGUGACAUUUUCUAUCGAGUUUUUAUCUAAUAGUAAUUGUUUUGGUUGUCAAAAAGGAUCGAAAGACCCGUAUUUCCUCGAAGCUAUCAUGCUGAACACAGAGGAAAGUUCCUGGUUAUCGGGGUCUCGGCUGCCCAGCUCCAUCCCUCUGUCUCCGGGGCCUCUGUGGUGCUCCGAUGCCCCUCACCCACAACUGAAGAUCCCGGGUGGGCGAGGGACUGUCAGGGAUCACUCUCUCGGCGUGCUACUACACAAGGAUGAGAAGUUAACGGUGACACAGGGAACUCCAGCGAAUGGAAACCCCUCUUUUCUCCACUUCCGCUACCAGCUGAAUGAGCGCCGCUCUGCCUUCUGGGAUACGGUUCUAUCAGGAGACAGCCUCUUCCUGGAGAUCCCUGCUGGGCAGCUAGUAGACGGGAGCAAAGAGGGGCUGACUGCUCUAUUGGAGUUUGCAGAAGAGAAGCUCAAAGUUAACUAUGUGUUCCUGUGGUUCCAUAAAGCCAGAGAGGAUCGAUUGUCCAUCAUCAAGACGUUCCACUACAUGGGCUUUGAGAUUGUGAAGCCAGGUCACCCCAUGGUACCGGCCCGGCCCGAUCUGGCCUUUAUGGUUUACUCUUUGGACAACAGCAGCUCAGACGAGGAGUGACUGCCACACCGUCUUCUGACACCUCCCUCUCCCACCCUUGCCUCCUCCCUGCCUCCCUAGAAACGCACCUUCUGCCUGUUUUCUUCCUCAAGCAAUCGAACCGGCCUUGGCUCUUGCUCUGACAUAAACCACGAAGGUGUCACCUAUGUUUUUCAUACACUUGUGAUUUAAAGGGGGUUGUUUGGGAGUGGUAUGAUGUCCAUGUGAGGCAGACACCCCACCUUCCCCCUUUCCCCGAGGAUAUUUGCAGAUUGGAUAAACAGGGCGUGGCAUACUUUGAACUAAGCCAUCACAUGCAUCUUGGGAUUGAGGCUUUCCUUUUCCUGCUUAGUUGUUUCUCUCUUGGCCACAUUAUUUGUUUGUGCUGCCAACAGGACAAACCACCGUUUGACAUCCAGGGGAAGGUGGGAUUCAUUUUACAUUAAAAUUCUGCAAAAAUCACCUGAAAGCAUCAACAUUUUUUAUAAAAAAGAGACUUUGGAUUGUUUUUGUGUGCUGUAUAUUGUGCAAGAUGUGUUUGGUUGAGAAAAGAGGAAAUUAUGGGUUUGGUAUGGUCAAUAAAAUGUAUCUUUUGCUUUAUAAUAUGGAUGGGUGCAAGCCUGAUCUGUUACAUUUAACAUUAAAGCAGAUGUAAGCAUUUCUUUACACUUCUUCCUUCCUUUACAAGGCAUCAUUCCAGCACAUGUCAAUCACUCUGGGAUUGUUGGCUCCAGAGUGUUUUUUUUUUUUUUGUUAGUUCUCAUUCAAAAAUCACUCUAGCCACAGAUGUGGAAAUACCCAGUUUGACCCUUUGACACUGUCUCUCCAGACGUGUCAAAGCUAAGAAGCAGCCGGUAUGUUGAAUGUCACAAACUGGUGGCUGCCAGCUGGCGGAGGAAAAACGUUUUUGCCCCCCCCCCCUCUGUGCAAUAGGUCAGUCUGAGUCAUUCUGAGUUAUUGACGAGUUACAGAGAGGGACGGCCUCCCUGUUUUCUCUUUGCUCCUUACAGAGAAACAAACGGGUGAGUUUGUUUUCUUUUUUUUUUC